GCAUUGUGAUUAAAAAAAUAUUGCAGUGACAGUGACCACGUCAAGAAGCGACGCAGCGUACAGUGGGCGUGUUUCGUGCAAGUAGGAGGCGACCCGUUUCAGAAACACAACAGAGCAGACAGCUGCACAGACGGACUGCCCGCGGUCAUGAACUCAAAACAGCAGGCAACACGUCUGCAAAACAGGCCUGUGUAAAGUCUCUUAACGUACGCGGUGCAGCAUAAUAUCCAAGUAUAAGUGCGUAAUUUGGAAAAAGGUAAUUCAAAAUGUGGAUAACUCCGGAGGAGGUGUUGCUGGCCAACGCUCUGUGGGUGAGCGAAAGGGCGAACCCCUUUUUCAUUCUCCAGCGGAGAAAGGGCCAUGGCAAAGGAGGGGGCAUCACUGGAUUGUUGGUGGGCACCAUGGAUGUGGUCCUGGACUCCAGUGCCAGAGUGGCUCCCUAUAGGAUCCUGCACCAGACAGGGGACUCCCAGAUCUUCUGGAGCAUCGCUUGUGGCUCCUCCCGGAAGGAGAUCACAGGGCAUUGGGAGUGGCUGGAGACCAACCUGCUCCAGACGCUCUCCAUCUUCGACAACGACGAAGACAUCACCACCUUCGUCAAGGGGAAGGUCUCGGGCAUCAUCGCCGAGGAGAACAAGAGCAAAGCGGCCCAGGAGGACGAGGACUCUGGCAAGUUCCGCGAGGCCGAGCAGAAGAUGCGGAAGCUGUUUGGCAUGCCCGGUGAGGAGAAGCUGGUCAACUACUACUCCUGUAGCUACUGGAAGGGCCGUGUGCCCCGCCAGGGCUGGGUCUAUCUCAGCGUCAACCACCUCUGCUUCUACUCCUUCCUCCUGGGGAAAGAAGUGACCCUGGUGGUGCAGUGGACAGAAGUGACACGUCUUGAGAAGAACGCCACGCUGGUGUUUCCGGAGAGUGUGCGGGUGAGCACACGGCACACGGAACACUACUUCUCCAUGUUCCUCAACAUAAACGACACCUUCAAGCUCAUGGAGCAACUGGCCACCAUUGCCAUGCGCCAGCUGCUGGACAACGAGGGCUUCUCCGCCGACCGCACGCUGCCCAAGGCAUGCAAGACGCUCAAGAAUGUCUCGGCACUCAAGAGGGACCUGGACGCACGGGCCAAGAACGAACGCUACCGGGCGCUGUUCCGCCUGACCCCGGACGAGCGCCUGGACGGACACACAGACUGCACGCUGUGGACUCCCUUCGCCAAGAUGCACAUUGUGGGCCAGCUGUUUGUCUCCAACAACUACAUCUGCUUCUGCAGCCGUGAGGAGGACCUCUGUCAGCUCAUCAUCCCCCUCAGAGAGGUGUCCAUUGUGGAGAAGGCAGACAGCAGCAGCGUCUUGCCCUGCCCCGUGUCCAUCAGCACCAAGAACAAGAUGACCUUCCUCUUCGCCAACCUCAAAGACCGUGACUUCCUGGUCCAGCGCAUCUCCGACUUCCUGCAGCGCACACCUGACAAGCUGUGGAGCGACGGCCACCCGCUGGCCCUCAGUGGCUAUUCAGUUUCUCCCAGCCCCAGUACCACCCCACUUUCCUCCAGCCUCCCCACACCCACGGGCGCAGGAGGGGAACCGUCCCAGGGGCGCCACUACAGCCCCAGCCUGCCAACAGCCACACAGGGCCUGCUCCGCAUCUACCAGAAGGACGACCCAGAGGACCACGGGCCCAAAGCUACCAAGGAGAAAAUGAAAGAGGAGUCGUGGAACAUCCACUUCUUUGAGUUUGGCAGGGGGGUGUGUAUGUACCGUACCUCCAAGACCAGAGAGCUGGUGCUCAACGGUAUCCCUGAGAGCCUCCGAGGGGAGCUGUGGCUGCUCUUCUCAGGGGCUCAGAAUGAGAUGGCCACCCACCCUGGCUACUAUGCUGAGCUGGUGGAGCAGGCCAUGGGCCGCUGUACCCUGGCCACGGAGGAGAUCGAGAGGGACCUGCACCGCUCCAUGCCCGAGCACCACGCCUUCCAGAAUGAGAUGGGCAUCGCUGCCCUCCGCAGGGUCCUCACCGCCUACGCCUGCCGCAACCCUGGCAUAGGAUACUGCCAGGCGAUGAACAUUGUGACGUCGGUGCUGCUGCUGUACUGUACAGAGGAGGAGGCCUUCUGGCUGUUGGUGGCUCUGUGUGAGAGGAUGCUGCCAGACUACUACAACACCAGGGUUGUGGGUGCUCUCGUUGACCAAGGCGUGUUUGAGGAGCUGACUCGUGAGUGCCUCCCCCUCCUCUACGAGCACAUGCAGGAGCUGGGUGUCAUCUCCACCAUCUCCCUCUCCUGGUUCCUCACACUGUUUCUCAGCGUCAUGCCCUUCGACAGCGCCGUGCUCCUGGUCGACUGCUUCUUCUACGAGGGCAUCAAGGUCAUCUUCCAGGUGGCACUGGCCGUGCUGCACGCCAACAUGGACACGCUGCUGGGCUGCACCGACGAGGGAGAGGCCAUGACCAUACUCGGACGGUACCUGGACAAUGUUGUCAACAAGCAGACUGUGUCUCCUCCCAUUCCCCACCUCCACGCCCUGUUGACCAGUGGUGAUGAACCACCACCUGAGAUUGACGUGUUCCAGCUCAUCAAGUCAUCCUAUGACAAGUUUGGAAGUCUGCGUGCUGAUGUCAUCGAGCAGAUGAGGUUCAAGCAGAGGUUAAAGGUUAUCCAAUCGCUGGAAGACACUGCCAAGAGGAGUGUGGUGAGGGCCAUCAUGACCGACUCAGCCUUUAGCAUCGAGGAGCUAGAAGAACUCUAUGUUCUCUUCAAGGCCAAGCACAUUAUGAGCUGCUACUGGGGGGCCAGCUGCACGGCGGCGGAGCGCCAUGACCCCAGCCUGCCCUACCUGGAGCAGUACCGCAUCGACCUGGAACAGUUCUGCCAGCUGUUCGGGGCCCUGGGCACCUGGCUGUGUGGCACUCACACCGUCACACUGGCUGCUCGCCACUUCCGCCUGUUGGACAGCAACAAGGACGGCCUCAUCAACUUCAAAGAGUUUGUCACGGGCCUGAGUGGGAUGUACCAUGGAGACAUGACAGAGAAACUGAAGUUACUGUACAAACUUCACCUGCCGCCAGCAUUGUGUCCAGAGGAGGCUGAGUCGGCACUAGAGGCUGCGCAGUUCUUCACUGACGAUGACAGUCCACAGGAAUCUCCCUUCCUGUCUGAUCUGGACUUUCUGGUGCAGGAAGUGACCUCAGGAGAGGAGAUGAAAGAGGCUGGGGAAGCGUCGGGAUGCGGAGAUGCAGAGGAGAAGAAAGAGGUGAAGGACUAUAAGUAUUACCUGAGGAUGUGGGCCAAGGAGAAGGAGCCCAAGAUUGAGACCAUUAAAGAUCUUCCCAGGAUGAACCAGGAGCAGUUCAUAGAGCUGUGUAAAACCCUGUACAACAUGUUCAGCGAGGACCCACUGGAGCAGGAGCUCUACCACGCCAUAGCCACUGUGGCCAGCCUGCUGCUGCGCAUCGGAGAGGUGGGCAAGAAGUUCACCAACAACGGUGCCAAGAAACCAACCGACACCACCUACACCCAGGCUCCCACCCUUUCCGCUGAACUGCCCCAGCCCGAAAAAGAAGAGUCGAAUGGGGAAAGCAGCUCAGGACAGUCCCUGGUCUGCAAGGCUUUGGCGGAGGCCCAGCUGGAAACGCCGCCCCAGCAGACGUCGGACGAAGAAGUGAAGGAUGACACAUCGGUCUCGUCCUACUCCAUGGUGAGCACGGGUUCGCUACAGUGCGAGGACAUCGCCGAUGACACAGUCCUAAUUGGCUGCGCCGGCGACCAGCAGCGGCGAGGCAGCACGCUGGACGGAGAUUGGUCCAUCACCUUCGAGCAGGUGCUGGCGUCGAUGCUCACCGAGCCGCCCCUAGUGGACUACUUUGAGAAGAAGGGAGAUAUUCAGGCAAGGAUGGCAACCUGUAAGAUGCAAAGGGGGGUGGAGAGGCAGGUGAGCUCGUCAAGCGACCAUGAGUUGGCCCAGCUCUCGACCUGAGUGGACCCAUCCAGAACUCAACACUCACUGUCAUUUCUCACCCGUAGGGGAAACCGAUCACUGUCCAACUCGAGUUACCGUCCGGCCUUGCCUCACUCCCGUUUCACAGGGAGCUGUAUCUAGACCUGUAUCUCUGUUGUGAUUGUCAUCAUUUUACAGAACCGUGUGUGUGUGUGUGUGUGUGUGUAGGAAAUAUAUCUAUUGAAACAGUAUUCAGUCUGUAAGCAUAGAGUCUGCCCAACGGUUCUUACCUUGGAUAAAAGCCACAUAACUCUAAACAUUUACAACCUAUUACAUCAACCCUAAUACAUUCAGAACCAGAUUCAACCUAAGCCUGUUCCUAGACUAAAAAUCACUUUCAGUAGAGGUUCUCCAUGUCACAUGCUUUCUAGUCCAGGGCUAAGCUUAAUAUUUGUCUGGGAAACUUGCCCUUGAAGUGUAGUGGCUAAUCCAAGGAUGGGAUGUUGUGCAGAGGAACAUUGGUGCAGGAUAUCAGAGUUUUAACGUGUUAGUACUCAACUGUAUUUCUGUCGCUUCUCCUAGCACUCUGCGGACCACAAUCUAAGCUGUGGGUAAAAGCCUUCAACUGGAAGACCUAUAUGAGACAUGUAUAAGACAUAUGAGACAUAUAUAUACGUUUGUAUCUGUGAAAUCCACAGCCAUCUCAAACUAAAGAAAGCCUUUAAAAAAAAAAAAAAGACUGAACUAGAUGUUAGAUUUUAGAAACCGCUUGUUUUUGUUUUGUGUAGGUUUUUCUUAGAGAGAACGUUGGGAGAAUGUCUGCGUUACCACUCUGUUCUCUGGCCAGUACUUGCUUCAUUAGUCCCAUUUCAGCAGUCGGUUAUUUAAACUACCUUUGGGUGUGUAGUCUUAUAGUACAACUCAUGGUAACACAUUGGUGUGGUUUGGGAGAGUCCUCCCUCCUUCACUAACUAACAAUUAAUCUGCAGCCUUCAGAUAUGCAUGGCGCUUCACUCAUUUGGUGACUCGCCUGCCAGGACCUGAUUGGACUGUUUUUGUAAUGGUAGGUUGGCAUAUACACAGGGAUAAUUGUAGUGUUGGCAUUUUGGGGAGGGACCUCUGAGGCUAAAAUCUGCAGAGUUGGAGCAUCACAACAAACAGCAUUGUUUUCAUUGAAUGCCCUUCUUGAAUUUUUGACCUGCAUAUCAAACAAGGCAGUAUCUCUUCCCCGUAGUUCAAAGCAGACACUCAGGGGGCGCUAUGUGUCAUUCAUCAAAUGACCUCAAAUAUUGUUUUACCCAAAGAAAUACAAUAGUUUUUCCAUUAGUUACUAGACCUAGCUGUGAGUCGGUUGUAUCUUUGUAUUCGGGCCGGCGUUAAAUUGACCAUCUGUAAGUGGUCAAUGGUUACCCCUGAAAUGCACUGCUUCUGUCAUUUCAGAAUAGCAGUAAAGAAACAUUUCCUGCAAGCAAAUACUAUUUUAACAGAUUCCCAUUAAAUUUCAGUCUCGAGACACUUGCUAAAACGCCAUGUAAUGCUUUUCCUUCAAGCCAAUAGGAGUCCCUAGCUGUGAAUUACUGCAUAUCAUUUUCAUAUUAUCUUCUAUCGUUCAAAGCUUUUAAGUGUAUUAGAUGUUUCUUGAUAAAAAUAUAGCCUCAAAUUGGUCUCAUGUUAUGAAGGAAUUGAAAAAAACGUGUUACUGUCCUCCUGAAUAUUCAUAACCUUGUUUUAACAGAGAUAAGCUUCAUACACAGUAUUUGACUACACACCCACAUUGGUCACAAACAUAGAUAUUUUGCAUUCUUCAUGUCUACUUUUGUCAACAGCUAUUUUUUUAUGUUUGGCAAGAAAAAGUAUCUUUUUAAGAAUCCGUUGUCUUUUAAUCCAUUCACCCCCCCAACCCCUAACUUCGGAAGAAACUAGACAGAUGAAAGCAAUAUGGUAGCUCCAUCGGUCAUAUUGCUUACGCCUAUCUAGUUCCUUCAGAACUUCAGAUUGAGAAACACUAGAGAAGUAGGAGUUAGAGAUUGUUGUACAAGGCUAAAGGCUCCUCAGUUAAUGUUUCCAUUGUGGUUAUCCAGACGGGUCUGAGAUCAGUGGAGAAAUGUGCUGGCACUGCUCAAUACUGGUCUCUGAACUGUUCUUCUAUGACACUAAAACCAGACUUAAAAGGUUGUCUGGCUGGUCCUUUGUUCAUAACUCAACAACAGUCCAGCAUUGCCCAAGGAAUUUGCUUGCAGCAUUACAUACCAAGUUUUUUGGCACUUUGUAAGAUAGUUUUAUACCCCAAGUUAAAUUUAUCAGUGUUAUUUGCGCUCAGCCCCAAAGUCCCAGUUAAUCAAAUUGUAUGUAGAUUAUUUUAUGUUGGCACACACAACCUGUCUCACUUUGUAUAUUCUUUGCUUUUCAUCUGCAUAUGUUUCUUAUAUCUAAUGAAAAUGACUAAUUUUACUUGUUUACCUUGCAGACUACUUUCUAAAUGUGAAAACAAAGAACAAGGAAGCAGUUUUGCAUCUUUUGGGGUUCUGGGAUAGCCUAUGUGGCUGUUAAAUCUGUUUAUCCACCUAUAGAUAUGUCAUUAAUGUAUCCAUGUAACGGAUGUGUUUAUUCACAAACUUGCAUUUUAAAUUGUAUUUGAUCAGUACUGUACUAUAUUGUGUAAUAAAUUAAAAUACUGAAUGAAA